AGCGCGGCGGCGGCGGCGGCAGCGGCACAGGCGGCCGCGGCGGGGACCAGCCCAGAGAGACCCCGAGCCCGCGGCGCAGGCGGCGGCGGCGGAGCGGGCGCGACCAGCCGAGCGAGCGGCGGCGGCGGCGGCCCGGCUCUCCCUCGUCCGGCGCCGAGCGGCCCGCGGAGACCCGCCUCCCCGCCGGCCUCGGGAGGGACGCGCACCGGCGGCGAGCCCGCGGCGGAAAGUGCCUGCGGGGGCGGGGAGGGCGCGCGGUCCGGCCGCCCGGCGCGGGAGCGGAGCGGAGCGGGACGCCGAGUCCCGAGCGGCCGGCGGCCGGGGCUCCCCGCCCCUCCCUGCUCUCCGGCGGCGGCGCGGGCGGAGCGAGCGGCGGAGCCUGGAAUAUGGUCGGGGAAAUGGAAACGAAGGAGAAGCCGAAGCCCACCCCAGAUUACCUGAUGCAGCUCAUGAACGACAAGAAGCUCAUGAGCAGCCUGCCCAACUUCUGCGGGAUCUUCAACCACCUCGAGCGGCUGCUGGACGAAGAGAUCAGCAGAGUGCGGAAGGACAUGUACAACGACACGCUGAACGGCAGUGCGGAGAAGAGGAGCGCGGAGCUGCCCGACGCCGUGGGGCCGGUCGUCCAGCUACAGGAGAAGCUCUACGUGCCUGUGAAAGAGUACCCAGAUUUUAAUUUUGUUGGGAGAAUCCUUGGACCUAGAGGACUUACAGCUAAGCAGCUUGAAGCAGAAACGGGAUGUAAAAUUAUGGUCCGGGGCAAAGGCUCAAUGAGGGAUAAAAAGAAGGAGGAGCAAAAUAGAGGCAAGCCUAAUUGGGAGCAUCUCAACGAAGAUUUACAUGUACUGAUUACUGUGGAAGAUGCUCAAAACAGAGCAGAGAUCAAACUGAAGAGAGCUGUUGAGGAAGUGAAGAAAUUACUGGUACCUGCAGCAGAGGGAGAAGACAGCCUGAAGAAGAUGCAGCUGAUGGAGCUUGCGAUUCUGAAUGGCACCUACAGAGAUGCCAACAUCAAAUCACCAGCCCUUACCUUUUCUCUUGCAGCGACAGCCCAGGCUGCGCCAAGGAUCAUCACUGGGCCUGCGCCUGUCCUCCCGCCAGCUGCCCUGCGCACCCCGACGCCCGCUGGCCCCGCCAUAAUGCCUUUGAUCAGACAGAUACAGACCGCGGUCAUGCCAAACGGAACCCCUCACCCCACUGCUGCAAUAGUUCCUCCCGGGCCCGAAGCUGGUCUCAUCUACACACCCUACGAAUACCCCUACACAUUGGCACCAGCUACGUCGAUCCUUGAGUAUCCUAUUGAACCGAGCGGUGUAUUAGGUAUGGCUUUCCCAACGAAAGGCUAAGAAUUCAAGAACGGUCUUAACUGAACCCUCAUCAGAUCUGAAUUUAACAAAUGCUUAGUCUCAGCAGCCUCUGGGGGUGGGUGGGAGGGAAGCUUAGCCUAGCAGUCAGUGACUUACUUGCACUUUUUGCACACUGAUAGAAAGUAAAAGUAUGUUAUUAAUUUGGUUUAGUCUAUAAUCUUACAAAGUAACGGUAAUUUAUAAAGGAGUGUAUAGUAGUAUACUGACUGCUAAGUGUACUAUACUGUUUGCUUUACUAAUCACCUAAUUCAUUGCAGUUCAUACUUAUUGACUCAGAGUUUAAAACCACAAUCUGUAGGCUUUAAGAAUUGCUUAUAAACCUUUUUAAGUGAUAAACUCUGGAAGUGGUCUUAAGGUUAGCAAGUAAUUGUCAGUAUUAAACAUGGCAUUAUUUUACGUAGUCCUGCUGCAGGAAAGGCACUUCAGUGAAUAUGUGACUAGUAAAGCUUAAAUGUCUGGGUCUAGUCGAGUUCAUGAAAUACUGUAACUUGGGAUUGUAAAUGAAUGGAUAAAAUAGGUUAAGGCCAAGAUGUUUGAAGUGAAUGCAAUAUUAAUAGACGCAUAUAUACGCAACAUAUUAUGGUUAAUUUUAAAACUACUGUGCCUUAACGUGUUUCUUACAACGAAAUUUUUGUAGUAAAUGAACAUUUGAAAUCCAUUUUGAUAAACGUGCUGUUAAUGUUUGUUUUUUUCCCCCUUGUGAAUGUUUUCUAACUUUGUCUUGGUAAUUGCAAUUUAACUAGGUGCGGUGGCUACUAAAGUUCGAAGGCACGAUAUGCGUGUCCAUCCUUACCAAAGGAUUGUGACCGCAGACCGAGGUUAGUUUAGUUCUGCAGUUCUUGUUUAUGAGAAAUGCGUUGGGUGGCCAUACAAUUUGCAACACCACACCUGAUAGAAACCGUGUAACUGCUUACCUGCACAGCAUUUCUUUCCCUUUUCUAAAUUAAUUUAUAAUAAUCGACAGAUUUAAGGGUUGGGUUAUUUUUUUCUCCCUUCAUAUUUUAACUUAUUGAAUUCUAUUAGUAUGUACUAUGAUUUAUUCCUACUAAAACAUAAAUUAGUCUAUUUGGGGAGCUAUUAAAUUUUGUUUUUGCCUUAAUUAUUUUUCAGUAAAAAUUUUUGCUAAAAGUUACCUUUUAAUUGUUCUGAAAUUUUGGGUUGGUUUUGCAAAAUGAACUUGAGCGGAUGGUGCUUUAAUGAGAGAAGUAAAGGAAUAUAUGCCUCCUGUGUGUUUCUGGAGAAAACUGAAGAUUUAGUUUCCCAUUUUCCUUUUCAGUAAGAUGUUUGAGCCACUGUAUAAACACGAGGUUACACAUGCCAAGUACUUAGCUGAAAUCAGCAAAGUAAGGACUGUGAAGAUAACUUUGCAGUUGGAUCUUUUAUAAGUCAGAAAAUCAGUUCCCUUUUAUUCUUAUGUUUUAUUCCAAAAUGGAUCCUUUUAUUUUUGUCAUUUGCUGCUAAAAUAUAUUAUCUGAAGGUAAACUAUCUCUUGAAGUUCUGUGGUGACAUGAAUCCAGCUGUUUGAGCAUCUUUUUUUGACUAACCUGUGACUGGAAAAUAAGUCUUCAUUUUUCUCCUUUUCAACAUUUGUAAUUUGUGUCCUAUAUAUGCCCUUGGACCCUUUUAUAAAUUAUUUAUGUUUAUUGAGGAGUGACAUUUUCGGUUUAUUGACAUUGGAUUGUUUUCUGAGUUUGAAAUCACAAGAGAGGAGUCCAGAGCGAGGUAGAAGAGGACUUUCACAAGCUGCGUUUAUGGCACAUUAUUUCCUACUGAGUGUGUUGACCUAAUUACCGAGUAUCAGUGAGGAAAAGUGAUGGAUUCACACCCAGCUCUCCAUCUCUGUGAACUCGUGGAAAGCCUGCCUGCUUUGCAUGGCUGUCCUGAGCACUGAUGAUCAAUACUGGGCACAGCUGUUGUCCACAUCAGAACAAAAUACCUUUCCAAAGAUAUCGAUCAUAUUUAUUUAGCAUCCUAUAUAAUUAAAGAGCCUUGAACACUUUUAACUAAUACAUUACUUGUAGUGAUGGUUAAUGAACAAAGUAAAUAGACCCCCAAGCUCAGUGAUUGUCUGUGAAGAUGAUUCUUCUGUAAGUGUGUCAUGUACAAGUGUGUACAGGACACUUCUCGCAGCAGAACGAGUCUCUUAAUGAAGGAGGGGAUUUUUUAAAAGGACAAAAAAUCAUUUAAAGAAUCCAGAUAAUUCCAUGAGUAAUUAGAAGCUAUUUUCCUUAGUUAUUGUCUAAAAUAGUUAUGAGUAUUUUAAAGUCGUUUGUCUUCUGUUAACCUUUCCUUGUAAGCUCCUUUGAGAUUUUUCAUUAUUUUAUUUUAACAUAAUUAUUGGCCUACUUGAUACUCCAGUACCUUGAGGUAGUUGAAAAUAUUAGGAAGAUUUUAUUGUAUUUCAAAACAAGAACACAUUCCAUGUAUGGCUCUUUCAUAGUUACAUGUGUUUUGAUUAGUCUUGUCACUGUUUUUAUUCAGAAUGCAAUGUCAGCAAACCGAAAUGCUACCUUUUUUUCUCUAAAUAGCAGAGUACUCUAGAUACUGACUGCCGUCACUGUCCCUGUGCGCUCACUGAGUCUGAGGGCGUCUGGAGGCCUUUGUUUAAAUUAUUUUAUGAUACUACUGUGUUCUCUAUUUUGAGGUUUUUUUAUUUUUAAUCUUUUGAAGGAAAGAUUAAUAUAAGCAGUUGUUUAAUGCAAGGAAACUCAGCCCUUGGACCUAUAACCAUGUAGUUCUAUAUGAGCAUCUGUAUAAGAGUACAGCAUGGUUGAGAAAUACCUAGUUCUUUACUAAAAUAAAUCCACCUCUACACAUUUCAAAACUGAAUUUGAAACCUAUAAAAGACCAACUGACUUUUUAGUUGAAAUGAACCAUAAGUGAUUUUGCACGGUUGACACACCUGUGUGUACUGUAGGCGGCCAGGACUUGGCAGAGGAUGUAUUCUAGGUGUACUGGUGUACAUAGAAAUGGUAGUGUGCUUUGUCUAUGGAUUCCACAUUCAAAAACAACAUAAGAGUUUUUCUGAAUAAUGGUUUUACAAAAACCAUUAUUUACACAAUUUAUAUAAGAAAAUACAAUUUUAAUCAAAAUUUUAGUGAAUAUCAAAACUGCUUUAAAAUUCUGUAUUUCUGGAGUACCUAUGAAAUCAAAUGACUACAUCAUGUGAAAUAUUUAUUUUUUUCUUUGAUUAUGGAAUAGCCGUUUUUAUUUUAAAUAAAAUUCCACUAUUUUUAAGAAAUUCAGGGAAGAUUUGGUCACACUGAAGAUGCAGUAUUUUUGUAGUAUUUAUAAACGGUCCUAAAUGAUAGACUGUAGAAAGCACUUUUGUUAUAUGAGGGUAAACCAGUCAAUUACAUAGAUCAUUUGACUCUGUGAACAUGAGACCUACUGGGUUUUAAUUUACAAAGUGGCACAGACUCUACCUUUGCACUGAAGCAUUUUGUAUCUCCUCUGCCGUGGUCACGGUGGCAACAGUACAGAAGUUUCUGUCAAACCUCAGAAUAUAGUAGAAAUAAUUAAGCUGUUGAAUGAGUCUUAAAAAUCAUACUACUGUUAAGUGGACCAAGUUUGGUGAAGCAGAAUGUGACAGAGGUUGAUUAAGGAAGGAACAACUCAAGGACAUUGGGGACGAUAACUUUUCCACUUGAGAACUACUUUAUGUUUUACUGUAAUUUUAAAAUUUUUUUGUUCUGUUUGUUAUUUUGCAAAAGAAAAUAGUAUUUACAGUUGGCUUCUUUUAAAAUAUAUAAAGCAGGAAUGUAUAUGAAAUGUCAGAUUUUAUUGUAUUUGCAGAGAAUUAGCUUUGAAAUUGAAUAAAGAAAGCUGUUUGUAGUUUUAAAAUGCCUUAUUGGUAUCAAUUAGAAAUUUCUUCUAUUUUUUGAUGUACUUAGAGCUUUUUGAGUAUAGAAUUUUAAAUAGCAGGAUUUUACAGUGUUUACAUGCAAGUGCAUUUUAUAAGUGUUCUAUAUGUGUAAAAUAGUAUUUUCAACUGGAAAGUGUUGGCUAGUGCCGAAGGCCUGGCCUUUUCCUGGUUCCCAUGAUGUUGCCCACACUGCUAGACUACAGUUUAGUAUUGCUUUGUAUCAUGAGGCCAAGAAAAAUUCCAUGUUGUUUGUAAAUAGAACAAUUGAAAAAGCAAUAAACAUUUAUUGAACAAAAGAAACUUUGGCCCAGAGUUUAUGUUGAACCAAAUUGUUCAUAAAAAUUUAGAUUUCUUUAGAUUCAUUUCUGGUAAUCAUCAGUUAUUAAUAAUCACAUCCAUCAUUAAUAGCUGCUUUAAUGCUUGCAUCUGAGAGAAUACUAAUGCUUAGUAGCAGUCAGAUACUGAUAACUGCACUGACUGUUUCAAAGUUCUGUAGACCGGACUAUUAUUCAUUGUCUUCCAGUUUCCCUCAUUGAGCUACUAACUGUUAGCUGUUAGUUAUAUUUUAUUUCUAUUUUUUUCCUGUUAACCAGUUUUUUUGUGGGAGAGGGCUCUCCUUCAUUUGUUCAAAUCAUGAUAUGAAAUUGUCAUGAUUUUUAUUGUAUUCUGUAGAUGGUGUCAAUCAGUUUGUCAGAAUUACACAUGCUUUUUUUUAUUAGUUGUAAUUAGUUUUUCAUGUUGUCAUUAAGCCGUCACUAGCUGAGACUAAUCUCUUCUCUAUCUUUUCUUUUCUUUUUUUUUUUUGUUUUGUUUUUUGUUUCUAACCACCCAGCCGCCACCGGCAACUAACCUAUGACCUUCUGACCUCUGAACUCUUCACCCAAUGAUGACCUGACCAUGCCUGCCUGCUGAUCAGUUAACUGGUAAUCGCCUUUGCUUGCCUGUCGUCAGUGCAGCGAGCUGAGGCACUUGUCCGUUCGUCUUACCAUCUAACCAAACAAAAGACAAAGAAAUUGUCCUCCAACUCAGCUUUGUUUUUUUGUUUUUUUGUUUUUGUUUUUUCCUGUUUGGGUGAAAAUGGUUCUAGAACCUGCACUGAAUAGUUGUAAAGCAA